UCCGGGGGCCACGCAAGAUGGCGACGCGGGCCGGGCUGCUGCGCCUGGCGCGCCUGGGCCGCCCCCUGCUGCCCGCCGCCCGGCGGGGGCUGCGCGCAGGGGGAUCCCUUCAACAGCAGGAAGAGUUCACCUCACUUGAAGAGAAGCCGCAGUUCCCGGGUGCCUCCGCUGAGUUUGUGGACAGACUUGAGUUUAUCCAACCAAAUGUCAUCUCAGGGAUCCCCAUCUACCGGGUCAUGGACCGCCAGGGGCAGAUCGUCAAUCCCAGCGAGGACCCCCAGCUUCCUAAAGAGGAAGUUCUGAAGUUCUACAGAAGCAUGACGCUUCUCAAUACGAUGGAUCGGAUCUUGUACGAGUCCCAGAGGCAGGGUCGGAUCUCCUUCUACAUGACCAACUACGGGGAGGAAGGCACACACAUCGGCAGCGCGGCUGCCCUCGACGACACUGAUCUGGUGUUCGGACAGUAUCGGGAAGCCGGUGUUCUGAUGCACAGAGGGUAUCCUCUGGACCUGUUCAUGGCACAAUGCUACGGGAAUGCCAGCGACCCCGGGAAAGGCCGUCAGAUGCCCGUGCAUUAUGGCUGCAAAGAUCUGCACUUUGUCACCAUCUCGUCCCCGCUCGCUACACAAAUCCCACAAGCCGUUGGUUCUGCUUAUGCCAUCAAGAGGGAGAACACCAACCGGGUUGUGAUCUGCUACUUCGGGGAAGGUGCGGCCAGUGAGGGCGACACCCAUGCUGGCUUCAACUUUGCCGCCACCCUGGAGUGCCCCAUCAUCUUCUUCUGCCGCAACAACGGCUACGCCAUCUCCACCCCUACGUCUGAGCAGUACCGGGGCGACGGGAUCGCUGCUCGGGGGCCUGGUUACGGUAUUCACUCGAUCAGGGUGGACGGCAACGACGUUUUCGCCGUGUACAACGCCACCAAGGAGGCCCGGCGUCGCGCUGUGGCCGAGAACCAGCCGUUUCUCAUCGAAGCCAUGACCUACAGGAUCGGGCAUCACAGCACGAGCGACGACAGCUCCGCCUACCGUUCGGUGGAUGAGGUCAACUAUUGGGACAAACAAGAUCACCCCAUUUCUCGGCUCCGUCACUAUAUGGUGGGACGAGGCUGGUGGGACGAGGAUCAGGAGAAAAGCUGGCGUAAGAAAUCGCGCAAGAGGGUGAUGGAGGCCUUCGAGGAGGCCGAGCGCAAACUGAAACCCAAGCCGCAGUUCCUCUUCUCGGACGUUUACUGCGAGAUGCCCUGGCACAUCCAGAAGCAGCAGGAAUCCCUGGAGCGCCACCUCAAGCAAUACGGCGAACACUAUCCCCUGGGACACUUUGAGAAGUGAAUCCCCACCCCCUUCAUCUUCAUACCCCUCACUGCCCUCACCAGCAGCCGGGGCCUGGAAGACAAAUCUCAGUCAAAAACGGAUUCCUGGGCAGAAUUCUGUGCCUGGUCACAGCUGGGCAACCUCUCCCUUGAGAGCGUGGGGAACGCUGCUCACAACGCUGGCGCCUGGAAUAUCUGCAGGGGGAUACAGACCUGGGUUUGGGGGCGACUCCAGGGCCCCACGCCAAUUUCUGCUAGCGGCCACUAAUGGUUAUUUUACCUCCGGUUUUAAAACAUUAAUUGCAAACAGUGGCAGCUCACUACGGGGUGCCACUCGGCUGCCAUCACCACCCACCCCAUAGUACUAUUAACCUCCCUCCCAGGAUAUGAAACACUGAACGCUUUUUUCCUUGCUUUACAGUCUGUAAAUACAGCACGUUAAGCCACGUGUGGCCAAUGGGACUUCCCGAAUUCUUGCAUCUUUGCAAGAAUUUGAGAAGGUCUGUUGAGCAUACAUCCGUCUCCUGGAUGUAGGUCAGGAUGGCUUUGAGGGCAAAGGCCGCCACCCCCUCCAAAAUAUCCACCCGCCCACCUUGCCUUGCCUGCUUGUAGAGCUAGCCGUGGUUGCAUGCAGCUUACGUAAAGCACACCAAGGGUCACAGCUGUCUCUGUGGAACCGCAGUGCCUUAUCUCUACUGGCUUUCUGACUGGAAUUUCCCCCCUGCCCUGCCACCACAUACAACCUGGCCGUCGUACUUGAGACAGUCAUUCUGAAAGGCACAAAAUGGCGGGCAGCGUCUUAGCUUCUUUCUAUGGGUAAGCUCAUGUCCCAAAAGGAACCGUUUCUGCAUCCUUGGUGCCUCUGGAACCAAGUAUCUGCUUGCGGUGUGUGUGGGGGGCUUGUAAGGUUUAUUUGGUUUUCAGCCCAGUUGGCCCUGUGAAGAUAGUGCGCUAGCUCAGAGGAAAACUGCAGCCUGUGCCUUCCCCAGGAGACGAAACCCCGUACACCUCCCUUGACAGUGUCAUCUGGAAAGUGGAUAUCACCCGGAAAUUUUUCUUGGCCAGUUCAUCACCAAACUGUAAAGGGACAAGUUUGUAUGGAUUUCCCUAAGGAUCUCGGAGCUUUUAGAAGGCGGGGAGUCUUUGGUGAUGAAAUAGAACAGGGUUCAGAGCAGAAGGCCACGGGUGUUUUAACUGGGCUUUCAUUAGAAAUUCAAACUCUAUAUUUCUAGCAUUUCUGCUUGAGCAAUUUGGCCCGGGGCGGUGGUGGCAGAGUUCUGUUAGUCUGUUACAGCUCAAUCGGCGAUGUUACUGUUGGAUGCAAUAGUUAUAUUUCAGGUUUUAGAGAGAGAUGGGUAAACACAAAUGAGGGUGCCGUAGCAAGGCAGGUUGGGAAAUGAAUAAAACGAUUAUGGGCGGAUCA